ACCUGUCACUCAGACGGCUGUUGCGGGGUCAUUUCAGUCCAGGUUAUAGUAAUAACAGGUCAUUCACUGCGCUUGAAAGAGACGCUACAAUGGCGGGACGUCUUCUUCUCCGUGCUUAUAGAGCAGCACCGCAGCUGAGGAGCAGCGUGCUGACCCGCCCGCUGCUCCGCUCAGCGACCACAGUGAGAGGGAUACCAACAGAUGAAGAACAGGCCACUGGAUUGGAGCGCCGUACCCUCCAGGCCUUCAAACAGGGAAAGGACCCAUACAGCAUCCUGAAGCCUAAGCACUAUGCUGGUACCAAAGAAGACCCUCAUAUUGUGCCUUGCAUUGGAACCAAGAGACUGGUGGGAUGUCUCUGUGAGGAAGACAACACUGCUAUUGUAUGGUUCUGGCUUCAUGAGGGAGAGGCGCAGCGCUGUCCUUCCUGUGGUUCCCACUACAAGCUGAUCCACCACGAGUUGCCCCACUGAUAGCAAAACUAACACAAAAAGCCCCCUAACUGGGCAACAACAGACAAUUGUAUUUGCCUCUUUUGUGGCCAUAUUCUGCAUUUAACUUGUACAGUUUAUGAUUAAAAUGUAACUUGAA